GCUUGAAGUCGCUGACUGCCUAUAAAAAGUGCAUUUAGUAAAGUACAAUAUAACAAACAAAAGCAAUGGCCGAGCUACAUAGUUAUCGUGUCUGUUUGAGGCAGCAGCUGGAGGAGCUAGAGCUGCUUAGUUCGAUCUAUUGUGCAGCGGGGGAGCUCCAGCUUCUCGACGCCGGCGUCAUUGUUGACUUCAAUAUGUUUCUACAAAGCGACACGUCUACACUCAGCUCCCUUCCUAGCGCCCAUUUAGAUUACAGCGUUCGAUUAACUAUGCCCGGGAACAAGCAUGUAGCAGUGGGUAUAGAGCUGCCACAUCUGUAUCCACUGCUGCAAUGUCCCAUUGUCAGCGUGAACUCGCCGCUUCUCAGUAAAGCGAACGAGCAGCUUUUUAAGUCACAACUGGAUCAAUAUAUCAGCGAGCAGCAGACGGAGGAACCGUAUGUUUAUCAGCUACUCAUCUGGGUGCAGGACCAGAUCGUUGGACUUCAAGAAAAAGCAGACAGUUCAGUUGAAGAGUUAGUUGAUGAGCCGGUCACUUCAACGCGUGACUUUGAGCGCUUAUGGAUCUAUUCGCAUCACAUAAAGUCAAGUGCCAAGCGGCAGAAAAUUCUUAAAGAGGCGCGACAGCUCCUUUUGAGUGGCUUUAGUAGACCCGGAAAGCCAGGAAUAAUAUGCGUGGAGGGUGACCGUGAAGACGUGCAGCAAUUUUGGCAAUCGAUAAAAGCGAUGCGCUGGCAAAAAAUCACAAUAGUCAAGUCUGAGGUGCAGCAGUUUGAAGGUAAUAGGACACAGUUACAUCAUUUUGAAGGAUUUACGGAGCAACUCUUCAAUGCACAGACAGGCGGCUCCUUGAAUGAAAACGGCGUCAUGAAUAUGGCCCAGUUCGUCAAAUAUCUUGACGAGCAUGGCUGUAGCUACAUGAAGUCGGAGCUGUUUGGUAUACCUUAA